AUGUCGAACAAGACGGCCGUAAAGGCCGAGUCUUACACACUCGGCUUCAAGAAGCUUAGCGACCAGGUUUAUGUACAAGAGGGCCAGCCUAGCACGCAGGACCCCCGACAUCCGACCGCCAUCGUGAUCUACGGCUGGGGUGAUGCUCGCCCGCGGCACGUGGCCAAGUACAUUGAUGGCUACUGCCAGUUGUACCCGCACUCCAAGAUCGUGCUUAUUUUCUCGCCCAUCCUCAAGGCCCUGUACCAAACCCUGGAAGCCCGUUCGCGGACUAUGGUCCCCGUUAUCGAAGCUAUUGACCCAGGACUCCUCUUGAGCAACAACGGGAAGAACAACACCACCACUACCACCACCGGGCCUAUCGCCCCUAGCGAACGAGUCCUCCUCCACGUCAUGUCCAACACCGGCGGCAUCAACUGUGCCGCCACUCUUCACGCAUACGCGGCACACGCCAACGGGGCCUCCUCCUCCGUCUUCCCCCACCACCUGCUCGUAUGCGAUUCCACCCCGGGGAGUACGCACUUCAUACCCAACAUCGGCCGCUGGUCGCGCGCGAUGGCCCUCGGCGCCACCCCACGCUGGUUCGGCUCCAAGCCCGGCACUGGUCCGCUCUUCGCCCUCAUCCAGCUCCUCGCGGUCCUCUUCCUCGGCUGUCUCCACGGGCUGGGCUGGGUCCUCGGCACAACCUCCGCGGCCGGGUUCAGCACGCGCGCGGUCAACGAUCCCGCGCUGUCUGACCGGACUGCGAAACGGCUGUACUUGUACUCGCAGGCGGAUGAUAUCAUUGGGUGGGAGGACAUUGAGGAGCACGCGGCGGAUGCGAGACAGAAGGGCUGGAAUGUGACGACCGAGAUGUUUGAGGGGACGCCGCAUGUUGGCCAUAUGCGCGCACAUCCGGAGCAGUACUGGGGUGCGAUCGCUGCGGCAUGGGAGGAAGCUGUGGCGAAUAAGACGAAGACGGCGUGA